AUGGCUCGCACGAAGCAAACGGCUCGCAAAUCUACUGGUGGAAAAGCUCCUCGUAAACAGCUGGCCACUAAAGCCGCUCGCAAAUCAGCACCAUCGACUGGGGGUGUCAAGAAACCCCACCGGUACAGACCUGGCACGGUUGCUCUUCGUGAGAUUCGGCGCUACCAAAAGUCCACAGAAUUACUUAUUCGUAAACUACCUUUCCAACGAUUGGUUCGCGAAAUCGCUCAGGACUUCAAAACUGAUUUGCGCUUUCAAAGUGCUGCCGUGGGUGCGCUUCAGGAGGCCUCUGAAGCAUACUUGGUCGGUCUCUUUGAGGACACGAACUUGUGUGCUAUCCACGCUAAACGCGUUACUAUAAUGCCAAAAGACAUUCAAUUGGCUCGUCGCAUACGUGGCGAACGGGCGUAA